CAACUGCUCAAAAGAGAAGGUGUUCCACCCCUAAGAUACAGCUUCAGCCUGGCCCAGGACUCUUCUAUUUGCUGUCUGCAACACCAUGAAGCCUGAAUGGACCCACUUUUCUCUGUGGUUCGUCUUCUUUUCCAUGAUCCUCCACACAUUUUCAGGGGAAAUGCUUCCUAAGCCAAUCAGAAAAGAAUUGUGUGAAAGUGGAUAUCUUGGAGCCAAACCAGAAUAUUGCAACUAUCCUCCAGUGUUUGGCACCUGUAAAUCCUAUUGGACCAGAUUCUACUACAACACUUUGACAUUUUUAUGUGAGCCCUUCGUCUUCUCUGGGUGUGGAGGCAACAGAAACAACUUUAAACAUAAAUUUGUCUGUGAAAGAUAUUGUGUUGAUGAAGAGGAUCAAGAAAAAGAGCCACAGGCGAAGGAGGCUCCAAAGAAGGAGAAGGAGUGAAACAAGGAAAAAGUAGUAUUCUCUAUGGAAAACUAUGCCAAAGUAAUCUUGAG